AUGGACGACCCCACCGAUAUCUUUCUCACCACUCAGGAGCGCAUUGGCCUGGCGAUCUCGAAGCUCCCCACCCUCACCAAGAGUCAGAUCCCGCUGGACGACUCAUGUCCCAUCUGUCUCAUUUCAUUCAAAGCCAUCUACGACAAGCCGGAAGAUAGAGAGAACGAGCUCGUUGGCUUGACCCCUGAACCGAUCCCUCUGGGUGGCGUCACGAAACUCGACGUAUGCGGACAUGUAUUCUGCCGAGAAGACCUGAUCGAGUGGAUAAGAGGAAGGCACGGCACUUGCCCCGCGUGCCGGCACACGUUCCUGAACGUCAGACCUAUCUCAGACUCUGAUUAUGAAUCCUCCGACGGCGACUACGUUCCGGGCGAGGAUGACGAGGAGGAGGAGGAGGAGGACGGUUUCCUCGAUAUCGACGGUUUUACCGACAUGGACGCAGAGUUCGACGUCGACGAGAUGGACCUGGAGGUGGACGCUGUGUCGGAGUUCGGCGGGGGUGUGUGGGACGACGAAGGUGAGUAUGAGGAUGCGGAUGAGAGCAUGGAAAACUUGGGCCUGAGUGACGGGGAUGGCUCGGAGAGCCUUUCGGAAGGCGAAUUGUUUGUCACUCCCGAGGAGAAUUUGCUGGUAGAUGACGCAGGCGUUUACGACGACGAGACGUACUUGUCAGCACCUGAAGACGACAAUGCUGCAGAGGAAUCCAAGUAG